AUGGCGAAGCAGGCGGCGGAGGUCGCGAUGCAGGGGAUGGAGGGGCUUGUGGACGCGGUGCGGGCCACGUACGAGUGGGUGUCCACGAUGCCGGACGACGCGUUUUCCGAGGACCAGUCGACCGAGCGAAUCAGGAGCCUGGUCGCGAAGAGUCUGAAAAUUCGUGGCAUGCCCGUCCCGGCCGGCCUGAGGCGGUCGGCGGGGGAAUCGCGUCGUCCCGCUCUGCAACGAGGCAUCAGCAAGACGGCCAUUAGCGUGACGCGGAAAUUCCUCUUCGGUUCGAAGCACGAGGAAGACAAGGACGAGCCUGAGAUUGAGAUCUUGGAGAGCGACCUCAAGGGAUUCACGGCGCGGGACGUGGCCGAGUACGUAGUGAUUAUGGAGAGCUUGAUGGCGAACUGCGAGGAGCAGGGAAUAUACAACACCCUCUUCGACCCCGUCAACGGAAAGAUGUCGUCGCGCGCCCUGGACAUCGCGCUCGGCAACUCGAGCCCAGCCGCGCCACGCCUCGUGGGCUCCCAGGCCUCCGUCGCGACGGGCUCCAUCCCCGAGGACAGCCAGGUCGAAGCAGCCGAGAGCCCGAAGCGCAACGUCCGCACCAGCAUCUCCGAGGCCGCGCGCGUGCCGCUCACGGAGCCGGAGGGGAGGCGCGUCGUGCGCGUGGUGUCCGCGCUCGUCGCCCCGGACGUCCUCGCGUGCUGGGACGGCGACGAGGCCGCCGUGGCAGAGGUCUUCUGGGCCGUGUCCCUCCAGCGCCCCGCGACGCUCAUGGCGCUCCUCGCGCUGUGGUGGUCUGCCGUCUCCGCCUGCGAACGCUCGCAGCUUGGGUUCUCCACGGACCGCACGUCGCGCGCAGCCAUCGUGCCGGAGUACCACCUCUCCGAGGGCAUCCUGCUCGCCAACUGUGCGCGCAAGGCGCGCUGGGAGGUCAGUCAGACUGGAGUCAUGUUGGAGGAGCUCGUCGACCUGGCGGGCAGCCGCGCGGACAAGCUGGUCACGACGGUGUGCAAGGCGCUCGAGUACAGCGAGGACGCGGAGGCGCAGCUGUGCGAGCACGCGUGCAAGGCGGCCGCGGGCGACCCGGGGCUGCGCCGGCCCGUGAUUGCGGCAUUCGCGCUGCACUGGCACCAACGGAAAGUCGGCAACUGGCAGCUGCUGACGUGGCAGGCGUGCAACGAGCAGAUCGAGGAGGCUCUCCAGCUCCCCCUCAGCCGGGACCUCCACCUCGCGCUCGUGUCGUCCAUCACGGGGAACUUCCGUCCCGCGCGCCUGGCGUCGCUCAUGUCGGCCGCGUGCCAGGCCGACCGCAUCCGCCUCGACUCGCUCCUCCGCCUGCUCAUCCGCUCCAACGUCCCCGCGCUCUCGCCGGGCCGCUGGGUCGAGGCGCUCUUCGACUUCGCCGAGCGCGACCCCGAACGGCUGCGCGCCGUCACCGUCGUGGUCGCCAUCACGGCAUUCGCCGAGGCCGUCGAGCCGCGGUUCCUCGCCGAGGUCCUCCUCGGCUGCCUCGACAAGUCCGCGGGCGCGUGGGGCCCCGAGGUGAUCGCGCGCAUCCUCCUGCGGCUCGAGCUCGACGGCGCUACGGGCGAGUUUGAGAGUGUGCUGCUCCUGGCGCACAUGGCCGACAUCCUGUCCGCGCGCAUCGAGCGCGUCGCGGUCAGGCAGAUGCACCUCAUCGAGGACAGCCCCGCGGUCUCCGGCGCCGGCGGCGCCGCCGCCGCGGCUAUUGCGAGCAUUCGAGGCAUGAGGGCGUCGACCGACAACACGCCCGAGAGCGUCCGGAAGGCCGUGGACGACCUCGCGAGCAGGAUCGAGGCGCUCAUUUGGGGCUACAUCUACCAGAAGGCCCGCGUCGGGCUCGGUUCGAGCGACAUGGCGGCCACGAUCAUCAACGACCUCGCGCGGCACUGCGGGUGGAGCCCGCAGCAGGCGACGCUGGCCGCGACGGCGGGGCUGCAGUACGGGCAGACGAAGGAGUUCGUGAAGUCGGUGCUCGACGAUAUGCAGGCGGGGAUGCGGCAGGCGGCCUCGGAGGGCCGCGCGGACGCGUCAGCAGCGAACAACCUGCGCCUCGGCGUCGGGCGCGCGCAGGAGCCGGGGUCGGUGCCGCAGAGGGCCGCGCGGCCGCCGCCGGGGGACUACCGGCCGGUCGGAGCGAACUGCGGGCGCAGUGCGGUGCCGGGGCAGAAGCCCGGGCAAAGAGCGCAUGACGAGGACGGGCCGGCGCUGACGGGCGCGGACGACCGGAACUGGAUAGAGCAGGCGGUGGUUGGGCGGCACGUGACGAUGGACGAGACGCCGUCGGGGCACCUGUCGAACACGGUGCUCAUGCAGCCGACAGCGAAGAUUUGA